AUGGCCGUCGAGGCUCGCUCCCUCGCCUCACUCAAUUUCCUCGCCGCCAAUCCUCCUCAGUAUCCCGUCAACCCAACCGAGGAGAAACAGGACCCUCUCACCCUAUACAUCUCCCGUGUGCCGGGCACCCGAGACGUCAUCCUCUCCACUUCAAAACCUCAAGUCAAGAAUGUCACGUCGCAUGAUGUCGCCAAUUCGCUCUACUACAUUCACCUCGAGCUCCCUGGUGAAGCGCCGACGCGGAGCAUCGACACCCCAAGGUCGAGCAUUGAGAGUGGCCGCAGCGCCAAUCAGAUCAAGAGAAAGCCUCUCCCAGCCGGCGCUCAGAUAGCCCCCGCCCGCGACCAGUCACCGGCCAACAGGUCGCCCGUCAGGGACAGCGGCGUAGCUGUCGCUGAUUUCCAAGCCAAGCAGCAACGGGCGACAGAUGAGAUCGACACGCGCAGAUGGACAGGCGAUGGCAGGACAUACUACAGCGUAGAGGAUCCAUCAGGUGCGCGAGACGACGUGCGAGAAGCUCCAUCGCCAGUGGAAGGCCGUCAUCCCCUCGACCGGAAUUUACCACCUUUACCAGAACGCCCAGCACCUAGGCCGCGCGAGCGAACGCGCUCGCGGUCCCCUUCGCCUAUCAAGUACCACAACACCACUGCUACCCCGUACACCCUCCAUAUCAUCCGCCGCGAUCCCAACACGGGCCACCAGUGGAACAUCGGCCGCGUGUCCUCGUCUCAGCUCGAGACGUCCCUCGAUGAGUCCUAUUCUUACACCUCAUACGACCCUGCCGGCUUGUCGACACAAGACCAACGACGCAAGGCCAAUACCCCUCAGCCGGAUAUCAACAUCACACUCGAGACUUCCGGCUACGCAAAGUUCCGCGGCAUGCCAAGCCGUCAAAGCCCCGACGCCAUCGGCCGCACCUCCGCCUCACCACCACGCGCUGAUGACCGCGAACCAGGCUUCAAACGCCUCGUCUUUAUGACCUACACCAAGUCGUGGACCGCCGGUAUCCGUGAGAAAUUGUCUGCCAUGAACGACAAGGACGCCCAGCAGCAACAGCAGCCCCGCCACACGCGCACCAAGAGUACCGUCUCAGCAACCUCGGCCACCUCAACAAACUCGGUCGACUCAGACUCGGCCCCCAUCACACGACCUGGAUUGGGUCUCAGGCCGAAGGGCUACAUGUUCGAAUCGCCGUGGGGCGGCCUCUGUCAGUUCCGCACCGGUAACGGGGGACGCAGCGUCAAGCUGCGGCACGCCCUUUCCGGACGUUCGGGCGGCUACAACCCUCUUGUACCAGGGACAGCAUCCGAGCAGAUCGAGGCUGCCGCCGCGAUGAUCAUGGGGGCUGCCGACGUGAGCGAGCUGCGGUUCAACCUGCCGGGCCGCGAGUUAUUCCAUCAGGGCAAGGAAGAAGCCAUGGCACGGAAGCAGGAGAUUGCCGGACAUCUUGGCAGGCUCAUGCGCGGAACCGGGGCUGAUGGGGAUACCGACGCGUUGGCAUUGGGGCGGGAAAAGGCUGGCGGAGGCAACCGCGGGAAGCGAGCCAAGUUGGGCAAGCUGAUCGUCAGCGGCGAAGGCAUGAAGAUGCUAGACCUUGUUGUGGCGGCCAACAUUGGUGUCUGGUGGGGAGCCUGGGAAAAGACAUUCUGA